UGCUGCAUGGCCUUAAUCGUAUUAUUCAAUUGUGCUUUUCAUCGUUUCUCAUAAUUACUCAAUAAAUCAUAAUACUGGAGGCUAUAUUGAUGCAGUCCAUAUCAUCAAGCCGGUCAAAAGAGGAGAAAGCUUCAAAUAAUCUACGAAAGAAAUCCAGUAUUUCUUUAGGAGACUACACACAGAAUACUCAGUCAAAUAUGAUCAACGUACGAGGUCCUUUAUUCAUGACACCAUUGUCCCAGAAAGUACAGUCGAAUCGUGGAGGAGAAAAUACGAAAAUUUUAUACGAAAACACGUACAAGAUGGCUCCGAAUACCGCUUUUCCCGCUAACAAAAUCAAAGAAGUUGUCGAGGGAAUAUUGGGACGUGAGUUGAAGGAUAUUCCGUACGAAGCUGAAAACUGUCGUCAGCUGACAAGUCGCAUUUCAGACAUUAUCAAGAGAGAGGUGAAAGACUUGGAUCUAGACAGAUAUAAACUGGUUUGUAUUGUGCACAUUGGACAACGAGGUAACCAAGAGAUCAAGGUUGGUAGUCGAUGUCUGUGGGACGUGAGGUUAGACACGUUUAUAUCAGCGGAAUAUAAAAAUACUUCACUGUUUGCCAUUGCUACUGUCUUUGGAAUUUACUUUGAAUAAAAUAAUUGAUAAUCCAAUCAUCAGUUACCUUCACAUGAACAUGUCAUAAACUCGCCACCCGGCCAUUAGAGACCAAUUUAUAACUCUUGCAAUUAACAGCUAUAUGUGCACGAAUCCAUUGAUGAGUUAUUACGAACUUGUUUGUGCGAAUAUAGAUUGUCAAAGCGCUUGUCGCUUGGUUAUAUAUUCUACGAAAACUUUAAAAUAUGAGAAAUUAUUAUGGGAGUUACAUUCGUCUUUUAUUAUCUGUUUUAAAUGUUAAUG